GUAAUCGCCUGGAUUGCUUUACUCUGUCCCCUACCAUCCCAACCGAGUCUUGCCCUGGCCCCAGGACAUCAAGUGCCACUGAUGCAGUCACAGUUGGCUUAGUGUGCUGCGUGAACACAGGCCUCAGUGCCUUGGAUUCUCUGAACACAGGAAACAAGUCUCUUUAAACAGUGUCAGAGGAGACACAACGUUUUGAUCAGGACAGGAAGCUGCUGAACACGCCUCCCUCUGCCGCUGAGGAGAGACCAUCUUGCAGUUCAGGGUGCCUGGACUCCGAUACAGAGUCACUUAGGGGAGACAUCAUUGACAAGGAGGAAGCUGGAUCCUGGAUCCUUGGAGUCCUAAGGAGUGCCCAUCACCUGUUCCUGCAGACAGUGUUUGCUGACACCACCGCCAUGCCCAGCCGGAUCCCCCUCCCUGCGUUCUGCUGCUUCCUUCUCCCCUGGGUCUUCAUCAGCUUUCACAAAGCCCUGGGCAACCCGGCCCCCCAUCCGGGUCCCCACUACCUCCUGCCCCCCAUCCACGAGGUCAUUCACUCUCGUCGUGGGGCCACGGCCACACUGCCCUGCGUCCUGGGCACCUCGCCGCCCAGCUACAAAGUACGCUGGAGCAAAGUGGAGCCCGGGGAGCUCCGGGAAACGCUAAUCCUCAUCACCAACGGACUGCACGCCCGGGACUACGGGCUCCUGGGAGGGCGUGCCAGCUUGCGGAGGGGGCAUCGGCUGGACGCCUCCCUGAUCAUCAAGAACGUGCAUCUGGAGGAUGAGGGUCGGUACCGCUGCGAGCUCAUCAAUGGCAUCGAGGAUGAGAGCGUGGCACUGACCCUGCGCCUGGAGGGUGUGGUGUUUCCGUACCAGCCCAGCCGCGGCCGCUACCAGUUCAAUUACUUCGAGGCGAAGCGGGCUUGUGAGGAGCAGGACGGACGCCUGGCCACUUACGGCCAACUCUACCAGGCGUGGACCGAGGGGCUGGACUGGUGCAACGCCGGCUGGUUGCUCGAGGGCUCCGUGCGAUACCCUGUGCUCACCGCGCGGGCUCCGUGCGGCGGCCACGGGCGGCCAGGCAUCCGCAGCUACGGGCCCCGCGACCGCAGCCGCGACCGCUACGACGCCUUCUGCUUCACCUCGGCCCUGGCAGGCCAGGUGUUCUUCGUGCCCGGGCGGCUGACGCUGACCGAAGCCCACGCGGCUUGCCGGCGGCGCGGAGCUGUCGUAGCCAAGGUCGGGCAUCUCUACGCCGCCUGGAAGUUCUCGGGGCUGGAUCGGUGCGAUGGAGGCUGGCUGGCGGACGGCAGCGUUCGCUUCCCCAUCACCACGCCGCGACCGCGCUGCGGGGGUCUCCCUGACCCCGGGGUGCGCAGCUUCGGCUUCCCCCGGCCCCAACAGGCGGCCUACGGAACCUACUGCUAUGCGGAGAAGUAGGAGUGCACUGCCCUGCCACGCGCGACAGAGUGGUGGGUCCCCUCUGGACAGAUGAAGGCCGAGCCCCCACACCUGCAGUCCCAGGCCAGCGAGGUGCUCCAGGCUCCUGGGUAAAGGGGCGUCCUGAGCAUUAACUGACCAAUAAAAUAACAUGGCUCCUUCUUUGUUCGAUAAGAACAAACAUAUAUUGCA